AUGCCGAAAACGGCCUAUGAACGUAGUGAAAAGGAAGGUUUAACUGAACAGUGCUCUAUUGAAUCAUCGUCUUGUUCAGUUUCGGCUGCCGAUGUGGAUGCCAACAAACUAAAAGACUUUUAUCGCAGCAUUCCUGAUUAUAAUGACAUCAACCAUCUGUCAGAAAGUGAAUUUUAUUCCACUUUGAAAAUCCUUAGAGAAAAGAAGAAGUUAAUGCUUGGUCUUGCCGUAGAACAUAUAGAUCAUUGCAAAGUGGAUAGUGAUAAACUAUUUGAAGAUAUAGAUAGAGAAAUUAAUAUAUCACUUUCUUGUAAUACCAAAAAUAAUCCAAUUCAUAGAAGAAAAAACUCAGUCUCUCAUGUAAAUAAAACAUCGAAUUGUAAUGAGGAGGGUGUCUUCAAAACUCAAAGAGAUGCUUGUAAAAGAACAACAUUAUGUAACAAAAAUCCUACUCUCGAUGUCAAUACCACGGAAGUAGAUAAAAAUUUACAAAUUGAUACAACUAAAAGUAGUCUAUUAACAGUUAAAGGAGGCCCUAAGUCGGAUAGACCGAAACGGAAUCAUUCUGCGUGUUCAAUUUCUUGGCAUGAUGAUAAAAUCGAGCCAAAAAGUGAAGUUGAUGAAAAGUUCAAAAAUUUUUUUCAUGAUAAUGACCAUAGUCCAAUUGUUAAUGAUGAUGGUAUUUAUAAAACCCAAAGUAUGCCCUCAAGCCCCCUAAGAACAAGACAAACAGGAUCAUGUUUACGACCUAUAAAAAAUGUUACUGUACCCCAGCCGUUUAAAAUGACGCAGAGAGACGAGGAACGCCGUAUAAUUAAUGAUUUUAGAAAUAUCCAAAAAUCAUUUUCAGAAGAGAUGUUACAUCAAAAACGGGAGAGAAAACGGUUUCGUGCGAAGCCAGUUCCAAUUGAAUCUCGUAUUCCAUUGUAUGACAAGAUUCUUCAGGAUCAGGCAAUGAGACGAGCAAUUACAAAAAUAAACAGUGAAGCAGAACUCAGGGCCCAAAUGAAACCCUUCAGUUUCACUAAAAGGGAAGAGAAUGGAAUAAGUGCAACAUGUGAUCGUGCAUUAAAUGUUUUACCUAAAAGCAAAAAGAAAAAACGAUUUAAAGCUCGACCCGUCCCUAAGAAUCUCUUUUCAAAUUAUUUUUAUGAUAAAGUAAAAGAUGAAAACUUUUUUCGGUCAUUAAAUAAAAGAAUUCGUGCAGAGGAAAUGUUAAGACAUUCCAGUUUCCCGGGCAGCAUAGGCGUCAGAGAACGUAGCCGAUUGUCUACUCCGGCUGUACAUAGCGACUUACCUACAGACCCUUCUCCAGUUGUUCCAUCUAUAUCUUCUUCUGAGCCUAAUAGGUCAUCCAGCCGAACAAAAGAAUUAAGAAGACCAAGGCGUACUAAAGAAGACUUUAUUACAACUAGUCCUCGGCCAUUUCGUUUUAGCACUGCGGAUAGAGCUUCUAAAAAGAUUAAUGAUAUAUCUAAGAAAAUAUGUCAAGAUAGUAAAAGUUGCGAUAGUAUUGAAAGAAAUGAAACACCGUUUGAUAAAACUACUGCUUACUCGGCGUUGGAUUUAAAGGCCAUUGUUGGAGGAAGAUCUAAUUUAGCUGCUUUGUUAAGAGCAGAAGCUGUGAGACAGAAAUUCGAACUUGAAUCUGCCCAACGACUAGCAGAACAACGAAGAAGAGUGGAAAACAGACACAGAGACAGAUUACUUCGUUCCAAGCCAGCCUGGCAUCUUGUUAAGAAUAAUUACGAAGAGGAUAUUGCUAUGAGGCUACAAACUCGACGGGAUGAAGAGAGAUUAAGAAGGGAAGAAUUUCUACAUGAAAUGGAACUAAUGUACGGACGAGUCCAACAACAACCAAUGUUAUUUGAACGAUACUAUGCACCUAGGUCUGGAGCCUCCACAAUAGAUUUUGGAAAAUUGUCACCAAGAAGAACUAUUAAGAAAAAACAUGGUCCUAGAAAAAGUGGAUCACAGUUAUUGACCAGCCCUUGUUUGUCGUUUGAAGACCAAGGGACUUUAUAA